UUCUGGAUGUGGGGGUUCUGGUAGCCUCUCUCUUCGCAGUGUUAUAUGUCUACUUCAAAUUAUCCUUCACCUACUGGAAGCAAAGGAACGUACCUUACAUCAAACCAACAUUCCUCUUUGGAAAUUUCAGAGACCUGAUACUUUUUAGAAAAUCUCAAGGUCAUGUGUUCGAAGAUCUUUACAAAAAACUAGACGGUGAGAAAUGUGGAGGUACUUACACUUUCACGAAACCUACAUUCAUAUUCCGUGACCCAGAGAUUAUUAAAAAUGUCCUGGUUAAAGACUUCGCCAGUUUCCAUGAUCGCGGCUUCUACGUGAAUGAAGAGACUGAACCCCUUUCUGGUCACUUGUUCUUUCUCUGUGGAAACAGAUGGAGAAAUCUUCGCGCCAAAUUGACACCAACUUUCACUUCCGGUAAAAUGAAGAUGAUGUUUCAAACUUUGGUUGAGUCUGGGCACGAACUUGGAACCAUUCUAGAAGAAACCGCCAAUAACGAAGAGAUUAUUGAAAUCAAAGAUACCUUGGCUAGGUACAGCACGGACGUGAUAUCGUCAUGUGCAUUUGGCAUCCAAUGUAAUUGUCUCAAGAAUCCAGACGCUGAGUUUCGUCAAUGGGGAAGAAAAGUCUUCCAAGCGUCGGUGAAAUCAGCAAUAAUUGGAUCUCUCCUUGGUAUUUUUCCCUUUUUGGUGAAUGUGUUGAAGAUCAGAGGUUUAGAUCCAAAAGUUUCGAAAUAUUUCCGAAGUAUGGUUCAAGACACCGUGAACUAUAGGGAGAAAGACAACAUUAAGCGCAAUGACUUUUUGCAACUGCUUAUCCAGAUCAAGAAUGAGGGCAAAGUGGAGGAAGAACACAGUUAUCCUAAACAGAAUGGUCAUGGAAAUAAGAACAGAUCUGGUGAGAGCGGUUUUUCGAUGAACUCGCUGGCGGCCCAGGCUUUCGCUUUCUUUCUUGGGGGUUUCGAGACUUCGUCAACCACCAUGACUUUCUGUAUGUACGAGCUGUCAUUGCACCAGGAUAUACAGGAACGUCUCCGGGAAGAGAUCGAUGCUGUGCUGAAGAAACAUGAAGGCAAUAUUACGUAUGAAGCCAUCCAAGAGAUGAAGUAUUUGGAUAAAGUUGUCGCAGAAACUCUUCGGAAAUAUCCAGUUGUUCCGAUAUUAAACCGUGAAUGUACGAAAGCCUACAAAAUACCUGACACGGACAUUGUUCUGGAGAAGGGAAUCCGAACGGUUAUACCCAUAUUGGGCCUUCAUCAUGACCCAAAAUAUUAUCCUGACCCUGAAAGAUUCGACCCGGAGAGAUUCAGUGAAGAGGAAAAGGCGAAGAGGCACAAUUAUGUGUACCUGCCUUUCGGAGAGGGUCCCAGGAUAUGUAUAGGAAUGCGAUUCGGGCUGAUGCAAACCAAAGUGGGACUUGUCUCUCUUCUUUCCAAGUACCAGUUCAGCGUCAGCAAGAGAACUCCAGUUCCAUUGGUGUUUGAAACGAAAUCAUUCAACUUGUCGCCUGUUGGUGGAAUGUGGCUGCAGAUUAAGAAGCGCGUGAAGUAGAUAAGUUUGUGUAACAUGGGGGAAGAAAUGAACGAAAAUAAUUUUAUGUUAGCUUUUUUUAAUUAGCCCUGAAAUAUGGUAUCUGGAGUAUCUAAGUCAAACAGGAGGGGUUCGGAUUAAUUUCCUGUAUGUAAAUAUUACACUAGUACGUACAUAACACAGAUUUAUUCAUUUAAUUGCGACUACACUCUAUAAUUUUCUCUUGGAAUAAGUGGAAUAAAACCAAAUGGUCAAUAUGUUUAACAAUUACUUCAUGAAGGUGUAACGGGGAAUAAAGACAACACUGCACGUAUUC